CGUCACCGCGCGAGGACGGCGAGGUCGUCCUUGGUUCGACUGUCGGGUUAUCCAGUUGCGCGCGACGCAAUUGGUCGAACGGCUCUUCCACAAGCCCCGCCUACCAGGUGGCCGUUCGAAAGUGUGUAGUCGUGUUUCCUUACGGCGAAACGACAGGCGCUGCUUCUCAUCUAUUCUACCGGACUGUCGGCGUUCAGUUUAUAGGAGGAAAAAAACCACGGGGAUGAGUCGCGUCGGUCUGGUAAUAUGCGACGGUUGAGAAGGAUCGGAGCAGGUGGGAAAUCGCGAGCGCGCACGAGGGUGGUUCGCUGUUAAAAGAAAAACAUCGUCCACGGGGUGCUAAAGCUGCGGUAUCGUGUCCGGGGUGGGGGGGAACCUCAGCGAUCGCGAGUAUAGUGUGUCGACAGUCGUGAGAGCGAAAGAGAAGGAGAGCAAAGAGCAUACAGCAAACUGUGCGGGAGAGGAGGAGGAGGAGGAGGAGGAGGCGACGACGACGACGACGACGGCGGUGGAGGUGAUGGUGUGAGCGUGGCGAGAAGGAAAAACACGUUUCGCGAAAGAACGUCUCGUCUCGCGUCGAGAGUUCCGGCUGAAGAUAUCCGUCAUCAUCGGGUGUCGUCGUCUCGCGGUGUUACGUUCCGCGCGCCGUACGGCGCGAAUAUCGCGCCGCGCGAAAAUUUGUGCGUUCAACGAAGGGUGGUGAGAAAAGAGGCGAGAAGAAAAGAGAGAGAGACAGAGAGCGAGAGAGAAAAAAGGGAGGCUGGAACACAGAAACGCGCGCGAGUGCCGUGCGAUAGAGGAAGAGAGGAGAGAGAGAAGAGAGAAAGAGAGAGAGAGAGAGAAGGCGCGUUGUCGUCGUGCGCUGCUUCACGGCGUUGCCCGAGUAGCCAGACGAGCGGAGGACGUCAGCUGUGUGGUGCGCCGAGGGGACGGCGAGUCGUGCGCGCGGGUUGAAGCGAGACGGUGCGGCGCGAACGAGCGAGCGAGCGAGACAGUGAGAAGCCGCACACGGCGAAAUGGGAGACGGAGAAAUGGCGCUGGUGCCAGAUGUCCAGUAUGGUUUGUCGUCGCACGGCAAUUUCGACGAGCGCAAAUCCCUGAUAUUUGUCAAGCUCACCGACUCGUCGCAACGUGCCAUCAAGGAGUACCUCAAGAUUAAGCAUAAGAUUGGCGAAAAACCUAAUAUACAGUUCCUAGGAAAUGAUGGGCAUCUCAGCAUUCCAUCCAUCAACGGAGUGGCCAGAUUCACCUUCAGCAUCUCCAGCAGCCAGGACAUGGAGGGUUCCCAGGGUGGUUUCGAGCUUGCUCAACAGACCAGCCUUAAAAACCUCGAGAGCCUCGGCGCUAUACCGUACAAGAUGCGGAUACAGGCAAACGAUGACGUUUACGAGACCACCAGGCACAGAAUGGCGGUCGUCGAGGAGAAUAACAAGAACAAAUGCACGAGGGUGAUUAAGGCGAACGGUCCAGAUAUCGGACGCAAGGUGAAAGUGAAAGGAACCGGAAGAACAAUACCUCCUCCGUCAUCGUAUGCAAGGCAUCGGGAAUCUACGAUGAGCAUUCCAACUUCCGGCAAUAGUCAGCCCAAAGCCUCAACCAACAAGCCGAUCGCUAAUAGUAGUAGUAAUAGUAAUAGUAGUAACCAUCUAUCGGCGGUUCACAAUCAGGAGAAAAAACCAGUUUCUGACAUUAUGCGCAGGCCACUUAAGGAAAGACUUAUCCAUGUUCUUGCUUUGAGGCCCUACAAAAAGCCCGAGCUUUACGAACGCAUCAAGAAAGAGGGUUUGAGAGAACGAGAGCGACCCGUCAUGCAGACGCUUCUAAAGCAAGUAGCUUAUAUGCGUGACAACACGUAUCACCUGUAUAGGCAUAUCUGGAACGAUGUGCAAGAGGAUUGGCCUUUCUACACCGAGCAGGAAAGGACAAUGUUAAGGAGGCGGAAACCUCAAAAUCUUACUCCACCCGGCUCGAGCGACGGCGGUUCCAGCGGCAGUGGUCAGUCGCCCAAUUCCAUUCAUGCGGGCUCACCGCCGGCGAUCACGGCACCUCCGCCCAAUUUGGUUAGCAACAAGAGACCAGGAUACUAUCAGGGUAACGACGGACUACCAACGAAGAAGCCGCGGAUAUCGCACUAUAAGAGACCUGAGCCCAUCUCUUUCAUCCCCGCUGGCGAAAGGCUAUCAGGCAGUAGCAGUUAUAGUAAUAAUAACAGUGGUGUUAGUGCAACCGCUGGUGGCGACCGUAUCGUUGAUCGUACCACCGGCGUUAAUAGUGGUUGUGGUAACAGCAAUAGUGGUGAUGGUAGUAAUAGUAACAACGGCGGUAGCGGUUUCGACGGUUGGGAAUCGAGGCAGCAAUUGCAGCGUGAACGCAGCAGCAGCAGCAACCGCGUCGAUUACCGGGCCGAAAGGACAGCAAACAGUGAUGUACUGCGGGGUACUGGAAACGUCUAUAGUGAAGUCUCCGCUAUCACCGCAGUUCCAAACGACUCCAAUCGAUCAUUGUGCUUGACACCGUUGUCGCCUGAUGAUAGUGAAAGGGGCAACCAUCAUCCGAAUGGGGAUAGACACGACGGCGGUGUCAUUAUAGCCAAUGAAAUUGCGAGCAACAUAAUCGACCACACCGACAGGAGAGACAGGAGCGAUAGGAGUCGAGGCGCGAGAGAAGAGAGAAACAGAGAGAGGGAAUUCAGGAAUAGAAGUAAUACCGCCAGUUAUGCAGGUAUCUUCGGUGAAACCUCUAGCGCUCCUACUUAUGCCGAUAAUGCCAUUGGUAUCACUGCGAUCUCGCUGCCGACUGAUGGAUUCGAAAGGCUGGGAAGUACCGGGCAAUAUGUCGACUACCGCACGGAAUAUACAACAAUAAGCAACCCGGAACAGAAAAGGCGUUACAAAGAAGAGUUCAACGCGAACUAUGAAGAAUAUCGUAGGUUGCACUCUCAAGUACUCGUAACCGCAAAUCGCUUCACGCAUUUGUAUACACUAUUGCAAGAUCAAAAGAAAUUGGGCAACAUGAUCGAGAGUGAGGAAACUAAAGAACAGAUAUAUCGCGAGUACAAAGAGACUAAACAGAAUCCAGUAUACCAGCAGAUGAAGGAACGAUUUGACUAUCUGCACAACAAGCUGAGCCAUAUAAAACGACUGAUCUUAGAGUACGACAGUGAGAACGCCGUCGGCAGAAUGUCGAUUCCAAAUACCAUUAAUAACGGUAUAAUUAGUAACUCCAUGAACAUCGGCAGCAACAACAUCGGGGGUAUCGAUCAUCGGCAUUACUGACAUAAACUGAAAAGACCGCCUCUUAUUCCUCCCCUCUUCCUCGAUACUGUCAACGUUGCCGUAGAAUCUGUAUUUUCUCGGCAUGUUCUAAGGCUGAUCUUUCACGGUCCAUAUGGUUCCUGUGUUCUAUCACCGGAAAGUCAAGUGACUCGAAAUGGCUCGAUGCAAGAUCUCGUGUACAAUAUUUGUCAUAAGGCAUCUUAUAAUGAUGAAUAUACAUCGUACGCGAAAUACUCUUCCUGCAAAUCUUCCCCACGUCUCCGUUGCAAGAGUCGUCGAUCGCGACAAUUUCCACGACGGCGACGAUCUCGCCGACUCUCGUCAUCACGGUAAGGCUCACGCAUCAACUUCGAUCAAUACUAAAUACUUGCAUGAAGGCUGUUGACAAUCGAGUACAUACAAGCGAUAGAUACCCAUUCGGAAUAGAAAAAUGAAAAUAAGGGCAUUCUGAUGAUCAGCGAACAUAAAAUUGUGCGGGGACGUACGGAGAUUUAAAGCUGGUCCUGUAAUGACUGAGGAAGACAUUGUAGAAAAUCGAAGAGAGAAGAGGCGCAACGGGAAAGAAGUAGUUAAACUCUGUAAUAAGUUACUUACCGUGCGCACGUCCAAGUGUGUCGUCCACUUUAAGAGUACGUAAAUAAAAAAAAGAAAAAAAAAUGAUAUGAUUGUGAGAAGAGGGUCCAAGAGAUAAUAAGGCUUACCGCGUGCCACGUCCGGGUUUCUUUUUGUCCGCCGGAAGGAGGAAAGAAAACUGGCUCGCAAAACACUUAUAACAUAUACACGCAUACUCUUUAUCCAUGAGCUGGCACGAAUCUCUCGCUCGCGAUUCGUGCGUUGCUCAUCGCAACUUGAGAAAGGGCUUGAAAAGAAAAAAAAAAAGAAAAUCGGAUUACCUUCCUAUAUGUGAGAGAGAGACCAUAGUACUUCGUGAAUUUAAGAUUCUUUGUUACUUCUUCGUUCUUUUUUGCCUUCGCUGAUAUGUUCUAUGAUAAUGUAUUGAUUAUCUGAUAGGUAUGGUCGGUUGAUAAGAAAAAAAAAACGAGACGAUAAACAGCCUUAAGGGAAAAGAAAAGAAAAGCAAAAGAAAUUUAAUGAUCGCAUAAAUUAACACAACUCAAGCAAGUAAAAUUGUAUAUAAUUUUAACUAUUUUUUAAGUUACGUAAACUAGUGAAUUUUUUAGAGGCCGAAUUACUUUGAUUUUAUAACGGUUUUAAUUAUAAAAAGAUGUGGUAUAUACAAUACGUUGUGCAAGUUUUUCCAUGAUUUUAAAUUUUAAUUAUUGAUGAGGAAUGAAGAAAGAAGCGUUUGGCGUAGCGUUUUUCCGUAAAAAAGAAAAGUUUUUAGAAAAGAAUUAAUACGAAACGUAUAGUUUUUAUAAUAAUUAUCAAUCAUCAUUAAUAAUUACUACUA